AUGGCGGGGUCGGACGAAGUAAACAGCCGUCCGGUGGAGAAUCACGAUAAUGUGAAAAUACAGUUAACUGGCGCAGAGCUGAAAGCGCUUGUUGAUGAUGCGGUUACAAAGAGAUCACUGAGGAAUUCGGAUGCCGAGAAGAGGAAACGCGAAGAUGAUGGUUCUCGACGCUCAGACAAGAAGCGUAAGGGAAGCAAUGACCAGAAGAAAGGGUCGGAAUCUAAAAAGGGUGAUCAUCAGUCGAGUGAUAAACCCUGGUGCAAGUUGUUAGUUGUAAUCAUAGACAAUAGAAGCAAUGACUUUUACGUGAGAUCAUGUCCAAGGACGAGAGAUGCAGGUAAAGGUAAAGCUAGAAGGUGUAGUUUACGUGUGGCGUCUUGGAACGUAGGAACUCUUAGUAGUAAAUUGUUGGAAGUGAUAGACGCACUCAAAAGACGUAGGGUACAGAUAGCAUGCCUUCAGGAGACUAGGUGGAAAGGACAGAGAGCAGAUGAGCGCAAUGGGUAUAAGUUGUUGUAUUCCGGAUCUGAUGGGGCAAAGAACGGAGUAGGAUUUUUGGUGUCUAUAGAAUUGCAUAAGAAUGUAAUUGAGGUGACACGACACAACGACAGAAUUAUGGUGUUAAGGUUAGUAUUAGGUGAGCAAGUAGUGACAGUGGUAUGCGCCUAUGCACCGCAAGUGGGACUAGGAGAUCAAGAGAAAAGAGAGUUCUGGGAUUGUCUAGAUGUAGUAGUAAGGGCCAUACCCAGGGAGGAGAAAGUUUUUAUAGGAGGAGAUUUUAAUGGGCACAUUGGUAAGGAUAGUGAUGGCUUUGAGUUGGUACAUGGGGGUUUUGGUUUUGGCGAUAGGAAUGACCCUGGUAGAGACCUUUUAGACUUCGCGACAGCUCAUGGCCUAGGUAUUAUAAACUCGUUCUUUAAGAAGAGGGAAUCUCAUUUGAUCACUUUUAGUAGCGGAGGACGUAACACGCAAAUCGACUAUCUUUUGAUGAGGCAGGAAGAUCGACGGAUGUGGAUGAACUGUAAGGUUAUACCAAGGAAGACUGCAGCGACUCAGCACCAUUUGCUUGUAGCAGACAUAGCCCUAAAAGUAAGGUUAACCGAGGGGGAAAGGAAAACCAGACCCAGGACCCGUUGGGGAAACCUGAAGGGAGAAAAACUUAUGAUGUUUAGAGAUAAAGUUAACUCGAUGACAUCGAUGCAACCAGGUGACGACGCAAACCGGAUGUGGGAGGAUAUGGCGACUACGAUCACUACAGUGGCGAAUGAGACGCUAUGGGUCACAACAGGAAAGACGAGUGGGCAUAAGGAGUCUUGGUGGUGGAAUGAAGACGUGCAUACCAAAAUAAAGGAUAAGCAACAGAGUUUUAGAGAUCUUUUGAGGUGCACAGAUAAGGAGGAGCGGCUGAGGGUGUGGGAGUUAUACAAGAAGGCAAAAAGGGAAGCGAAAAAGGCGGUGACCGAGGCAAAAAACACAGCCUAUAAACAAAUGUAUGAACGUUUGGAAACAAAAGAGGGGGAGCAUGAUAUGUUCAAGAUUUCCAAAGAGAGGGAGCGAAGAAGACAAGAUUUAGGAGUAGUAAAGUUUAUCAAAGGAAAGGAUGGACGUGUUUUAGCCAAGGCACAUGACAUUAAACUCAGAUGGCAAACCUACUUCCAUAAUUUUUUCAAUGACGGUAGGGCAUACCAACAAGAUAGCAGCAAUCCCAGGACUCAAGGGCGACAACAGAAUAAUUGCUACUGCAGCAGGAUCACACAUGAAGAGGUGAGGAUGGCACUUAGGAAGAUGGGAAGAGGCAAGGCAGUGGGUUUGGAUAACAUACCGAUUGAGGUGUGGAAGUGUUUGGGGGAAGAAGGAGUCCGAUGGUUAACACUUUUGUUCAAUCGUAUUUUUAAGACUGGAAAAAUGCAGAUCAGUGGAGGAGUAGUGUCGUAG